CAUGUAUAAGCGUGUGUGUGUGUGUUUGCAGGCAGGGGAAAAAAUCGCACCAUUUUUCUCGUGCUCUUUUGCGUGCGUUUUUUGGUCUUUCGAGGAUUGUUUCGUAGGAAAUCAAUUAAACACGAGCCCAGCUUAAUAUAUAAAAAGUAGUGAACUAAGUAGUUAUCCAGAAAUUGACGAGCGCACAGUAGCAAAUCGACUUGCAAAUUUCAAUAUUCGGUCCGAACGUGUGUAACUGUGUCUGUGCGUGCGUGCGUGCGUGUGAGAGUGUAUGGGUGAAAAAUGAGGCGUAAUGAAAAUGCGUGCAAAACUGUAUAAAAGAUUGCUUUGAUUUCCACGAUCGUGAGCAUUAAAAGAUUAGGCGUGAUACUGACCGGUUAAAUUUACCUUAACUGAAAUUUAACUACAUAUUUAAACAGCAGCAUAGUCACUUUUGCCUAAAAUGUCAUCAAAAACUGGGAGGAAAAAAAUCAUAGCAACAAUCUGAAUGAAUUCGGAGAUUCAGAUUUGUUGUCACAAAAAUUGUUGGAUAAAAUGUGCGAAAGUGUGUUUGUCAAAUUGUUUAGCCAAAAUUAUUUGUUUACAUAGUUGUUCAGAGUAGCACGAGGCUGUUUUCCUUAAUUCUUAACAACAUAACACACUCGCCUUGGCUAAUUUUCACCGGAACCUGAAGCCGAUUAAUAAUAGGAAAAUAGUCCUACGACAAAUAGCCCGCCUUUUGACAUAUGAACACAACUAAACUACCACAACACAGCUCACCAAAAACAUAAAAUAAAUUCGGAAAGUAUAGCACCAAAGCUGAAAUUUCAAGGAGAUGCUGCUCAAAUUUCAUACUUGAUGUCAAACAACGACGACCCCAUAGCAACAACAACAACAACAGCUGAAAGAGAAGGAAAAGGAACAACUGGAAUAACUGUAAGCUAGCGAACAGAGGGAGAGAGGCAAUCUCUGUACACACACCUGUCGUCCGGCGGGGGAAAGAGCAAAAGAGAGCGACGGAUCUCCCGUGUGUGUUGUUCGCAUGCGCGACAUGCGCGGACGCUAAGUGAGUGUGAGUGAGUGCGCGAAUGCGUGUGAGUGUGGGCGGUGAGGAUAAUUCGCUCAAUUCGCACGCAUCCCACAGAUCCUGCAGAUCCUCCAGUUUGUUCGUCAAACAGAGUCAGCAUUUCGGAUCAAACCAAUUGCCUGUCAGCAACGUUAGAAACAAAAACAAAAGCAGCAGCGGCAGCCGAUAAAAAAUCAUUAUCAAAAUUACGGAAAAGCGAUCAAAAUUCAAGCGAGAUUAGCUAGGCGAAAUGCAGCGACGAGAACGGCAAGCAAGCCAACCAGAUGUGCAAUAAAAGUGCUAAAAUUGUGAAAAAUCCAAGCCAAGCUGCCAACUAAACAAUUAUAGCAAAGGCAAUAAAAAUUAAAACACGUUCUCAAACGCAACAGCAUUAAAUCAACAGCAGCAGCAACAAAUACAACAAGCACAACAACGAAGAGUGAACGGCCUCAAAGUCAACAACAGCUGCUUGCAGUUUUACAGUCAUUGGGCGUCGGCGAUCCCCCGCGACGCUCUGCUUCUUCGUCUUUCACGGGAUUCCAUGCAUGAGGCCCUUCUCGCCAUCUCGUUCCCACUGAAAGUACCGUUCCACGGAGUGCACCGGUGGCGGUGGCCCACAAACGACAACUGCCGGUCCAUCCGCUGGUAAUGUGGCAAAUGCCACCACAGCCCUAGCCGGUGGUAAAAGCUCAAGCAAUAACAUGUAUUCCACCCGCCAAUCUGUAAGCACCACGACCGGUGUACUUAUGGUCGGACCAAAUUUUCGUGUCGGUAAAAAAAUUGGCUGUGGUAAUUUUGGCGAAUUGCGUUUAGGCAAAAACCUUUACAACAAUGAACAUGUAGCAAUAAAAAUGGAGCCUAUGAAGUCAAAGGCUCCGCAACUACACUUAGAGUAUAGGUUUUAUAAACUAUUAGGAUCACAUGCCGAUAACGCCCCAGAUGGCAUACCACGCAUUUAUCAUUUGGGCACUUGCGGUGGCCGUUACAAUGCCAUGGUUUUAGAGUUAUUGGGAUUAUCAUUAGAAGAUCUCUUCAAUAUUUGCGCCCGUAAAUUUUCACUUAAGACUGUAUUGAUGAUAGCGAAACAACUUCUCCACCGGAUCGAAUAUGUUCAUAGUCGGCACUUAAUAUAUAGGGAUGUGAAACCAGAGAACUUUCUCAUUGGCAGAACGUCAACAAAACGUGAAAAAAUUAUACAUAUAAUUGAUUUCGGUUUGGCCAAAGAAUACAUUGAUUUAGAUACAAAUAGGCAUAUACCAUAUCGGGAGCAUAAAUCCCUAACUGGAACAGCACGUUAUAUGUCAAUCAACACGCACAUGGGGCGUGAGCAGUCGCGACGCGAUGAUCUGGAGGCAUUGGGACAUAUGUUUAUGUAUUUCUUAAGGGGUUCACUGCCGUGGCAAGGCCUAAAGGCUGAUACACUCAAGGAGAGAUAUCAAAAAAUCGGUGAUACGAAACGAGCAACGCCCAUCGAGGUGCUUUGUGAUGGACAUCCGGAAGAGUUUGCGACAUAUUUGCGUUAUGUACGGCGGUUAGAUUUUUUCGAAACUCCCGACUAUGAUUUUCUGCGAAGACUGUUUCAAGACUUAUUCGAUCGUAAGGGUUACACCGACGAGGGCGAGUUCGACUGGACAGGGAAGACAAUGACCAAGGAACAGCUGGACCAAAUGAAAGUCAUAAAGAAUGCACCGCCAUCGCAUUUGGCCAAAAAUAAGUCUGACAAGUCAACGCCCGUCGGAUCUCUGCAAACUGGCCAUGAAGUCAUCAUUUCACCAAAUAAAGAUCGUCAUAAUGUUACGGCUAAGACAAAUGCCAAAGGAGGUGUUGCUGCGUGGCCUGAUGUGCCAAAGCCGGGGGCAACACUGGGCAAUCUAACGCCGGCCGAUCGGCAUGGUUCAGUACAGGUUGUGAGUUCGACGAAUGGCGAACUAAAUCCGGACGAUCCCACGGCCGGACACUCAAACACGCCCAUCACACAGCAGCCGGAAGUCGAAGUGGUCGAUGAAACAAAUGGUUCCUUAUAUUCCAGAUGUUGUUGUUUCUUUAAACGAAAGAAGAAGAAAUCGACGCGCCAAAAAUGACUAGACGGUGUACAAUGUAGUCCAGAACGCGAGGCAGUCACCCUGCUGCGUGCCACUUCACAUUCAAACUCACGGGAUAGCGUAUUGAAUAAUCCGAGUCAGGAUUAUAUCCAGCAGGCAACGUCGCAGCAUACGUUGCGUUAUCCUCCAUCCGCGUCGAUGUUGACGCCAACACCAACUACAAACACACCGACACUUCCGUUGUAAUUUAUAUAAAUAUAAAGCCAGAUGCAAAAUGCAGAAAGCAACAAAAAAAUAUUAAACGAAACCCAACAAAACAAAACAAAUGAACCCCGUAUACAUUAAAUACACUAAAAAA